AUGCCUGUCGCGACCCACCUGCCCCGGCGCGGCGGUGAAGAUAGCUUGAAAGCAAUACCUUAUAUUGAGACAACUGCUGCAGAGCCUCCUAUCCACGGCUCUCAGCCUGCUAAACCUCCGAACAAGACCAUCAAGCGCCUCCGAAAGUCGCGUGCAUCCCAGCAUUUCAAGCGACCUCAGACAGCUCGUGAUGACUAUAGAAGAGAUUCGGACCUUGAUCCGUCAUCGUCCUCUUUUCGAGAUAGUCGGACUACACUUUCAACAGAUAUAAGCUCCGCACCAAGCAUCAGACAGUCGUCCAGCUUCCACAACAUUCGCGCGAAUUCGGAGUCCCGUCAGCUCACCAGCGCAAAUGGCAGACCGCCAACCGGACUUCGCAAGGAGCAUCGGUCGGAUCCCGUUCCACCGGUAGAGAAGCUUUUUCUGGGUCUCAAUACAGAAAUACCAACUGGAAGCUUCGAAGAUCUGACUAAUCCGGGGCAGGUCGAGUUUUCAAAGAGAGGAAGUAUGCUGCUUGGUGGUAAGAAGGCAGUCCCAAGAAGAGACGGACUCGGCAAUGGCACAGCCAUAGGCAGCCGUAGGAAUCCACUUAAUGCAGCGCGACCCUCAGCAUCAAAUAUACCCAGCAGAGUGCUGUCAGCGGAUGAGGAGGAAUUAUCAAACAAAGUGCGAUCUAUGUACGAAGGGGGAGGAUCAAUUGCCAAUCAACAUCUUGGCAUUGAGAAUUUGCAGGCCAAUGGUUCUUCUGAGCAGGUAACACAAGUCAGUACUGGACCAGCUAUCAGAAUCAUUGACAGCAGCGGGUCAACGCCCAAUGGCAAUAUCUACGGAAGUCACGGAGGGGACGACAUUAGCGCAAGAAUACACAGCAUUCUACGCCAAAGCAAUGAGCUGGCAGGUGGGAUCGAGGACUGGGAAGAUAUCAACAAUGGCGAUGUUGAUAGGUACGGUUUCAUCGUUCCUCGUAAGCCUUCUUCACAGGUAUCCUCGAUGGCUUCUGGCAGACGUGACUCGCCCGACGGUGUUCGAAUGCAGCGUAUGUCAACACUUCUACAGAUCGCUUCAGAAAGACCGCGCCGGAGUCGUAGUCGACUAAGCAAGACUCGUUCCGCCAAAUCACCCACCCGCUCCACAGACUCACAUUCCAUGCUCGAGGAGGAGUCUGCGGCAAGGCGCCCAAAGUCGUCACAGAGUUCCUAUCGAUCUACGAGUUCUAAGAAUUCGAGGUUCCGCACAGCCGCAAAUCGCCUCCCUCAUAACAAAAAUCGCCGUUGCGUUGACUCGGCGGGGGACAUGCUCACCUUGCCUCCAGGUCUAGCAGACAUAGCAGAAGAUUCUGGCAGCGACCGUGUGUCUUCGCAAAAAGUUCGAGAAUGGGAACGUGAUGAAAAAUGGCGGAAGAUGGCCAAGGUCGUCAAGAAGGACCCACAUGGAGGAGGCAUGGAAUUCGAGUUCGAUGUGCGAAAUCCGAAGCUUAUCGAAAGAGCGUGGAAGGGUAUACCAGAUAAAUGGCGAGCUACGGCAUGGCAUUCUUUCCUCUCGUCCUCUGCAAAGAAACGAACAGACGUCGCCAGUGAUAACGAGCUAAAAUCUGCCUUCCAGCAACUCCUCCACCAGUCCAGCCCUGAUGAUGUGCAGAUCGACAUCGAUGUUCCUCGUACCAUCAACAGCCACAUUAUGUUCCGGCGACGUUACCGUGGCGGCCAGCGUCUCCUUUUUCGCGUUCUCCACUGCAUGAGCAUCUAUUUCCCAGUAACAGGCUACGUUCAGGGUAUGGCCGCCCUUGCAGCUACACUCCUGUGCUAUUUCGAUGAAGAGAUGACCUUCGUCAUGCUUGUCCGGCUAUGGCAGCUCAGGGGACUUGAUCAGCUCUACAGGUCUGGCUUUGCAGGCUUAAUGUGUGCGCUUGAGGAGUUCGAGACACAAUGGCUUAGGGGUGGAGAAGUCGCAAUGAAACUGCAGGAGUACGACAUCACCAGCACGAGCUAUGGGACGCGCUGGUACUUAACAUUAUUCAAUUACAGCAUUCCUUUCCCAGCCCAGCUAAGGAUAUGGGAUGUUUUCAUGCUACUUGGAGAUCCUGAUGUGCCUUAUCCGUCUACCUCGCCACCCUCUAAACCUAACGGCAAUACAAAUUUAAAUGGGAGCGCAUUCAAGGCAAAUCAAGUUGACGGGGACGAAGAGGGGCCCAGGUCUUUCCACGGAGGCCUAGACGUGCUCCACGCUUGCUCCGCGGCGCUCAUUGAUGGUACGAAAGAAAUUCUAAUGGACUCAGACUUCGAAAAUGCAAUGAAAGUGCUCACCAGUUGGAUACCCGUCAGGGAUGAGGAACUACUCAUGAAUGUCGCAAGGGUGGAAUGGAAAAUGAAACGGAGAAAGAAUUCAGCCAUCAGCACUACUCCCCUCAUGGGCGCAAAGUAA